CUCACAUCUUGUGUAAUGUUUUUUUUUUCUGAAUCUAUGUUGCUGUAGAUGAUGAAAGAAUCACAAAGUAAGGACAAUGUCACCAUUCGAUGGGAUAUUGGUCUUAAUAAGAAGCGUGUUGCCUAUUUUGUAUUUCCAAAGGAGGAUAAUGAGUUGCGGCUUGUACCUGGUGAUGAGUUACGACUCCGUUAUUCUGGUGAUGCUGCUCAUCCUGCAUGGCAGUCAGUGGGUCAUGUGAUUAAGCUAACUGCACAAGAGGAGGUUGCAUUGGAGCUCCGUGCUAGUCAGGGUGUUCCUGUUGAUGUUAACCAUGGGUUCAGUGUUGAUUUUGUCUGGAAAAGUACAAGCUUUGAUAGGAUGCAGGGAGCUAUGAAAACCUUUGCUGUGGAUGAGACAAGUGUUAGUGGGUAUAUUUAUCAUCACUUACUGGGUCAUGAAGUUGAGGUUCAGAUGGUCCGAAAUGCUUUACCUCGUCGCUUUGGUGCACCUGGCCUUCCUGAGCUGAAUGCAUCUCAAGUUUUUGCUGUCAAGAGUGUUCUUCAGAGGCCUAUAAGUUUGAUUCAAGGACCACCUGGAACUGGUAAGACUGUAACUUCUGCAGCACUUGUAUAUCACAUGGCCAAGCAAGGUCAGGGACAGGUUUUGGUUUGUGCACCCAGUAAUGUAGCUGUGGACCAGUUAGCUGAAAAGAUAAGUGCUACUGGAUUAAAGGUUGUGAGGCUUUGCGCAAAAUCAAGGGAAGCUGUCAGUUCCCCUGUUGAGCAUUUAACUCUCCACUAUCAGGUUCGACAUCUUGACACGUCUGACAAGAGUGAACUUCAUAAGUUGCAACAACUGAAGGAUGAGCAAGGUGAACUUUCCAGCAGUGAUGAGAAAAAGUACAAAGCUCUUAAGCGAGCAACUGAGAGGGAGAUUUCUCAGAGUGCAGAUGUGAUCUGCUGUACAUGUGUUGGUGCUGGAGAUCCUCGACUAGCAAAUUUUAGGUUCCGUCAGGUGCUUAUUGAUGAGUCUACUCAAGCAACUGAACCUGAGUGCCUCAUACCUUUGGUCCUAGGAGCAAAGCAGGUUGUUCUUGUUGGUGAUCAUUGUCAGCUUGGUCCAGUUAUUAUGUGCAAGAAAGCAGCUCGUGCUGGAUUAGCUCAGUCACUUUUUGAGAGACUUGUUCUACUUGGUGUUAAGCCAAUUAGGUUGCAGGUUCAGUACCGAAUGCAUCCAUGUCUUUCAGAAUUUCCCUCAAACAGCUUCUAUGAAGGCACCCUGCAGAAUGGAGUCACUGUUAAUGAAAGGCAAUCAUCAGGAAUCGAUUUUCCAUGGCCAGUUCCAAACCGUCCUAUGUUUUUCUAUGUUCAGAUGGGACAAGAAGAGAUAAGUGCUAGUGGAACAUCUUAUUUAAAUAGGACUGAGGCUGCAAAUGUUGAAAAGAUUGUAACUACUUUCUUAAAAAGUGGUGUGGUUCCAAGUCAGAUUGGUGUGAUAACACCUUAUGAAGGACAAAGAGCUUAUAUUGUGAACUAUAUGUCAAGAAAUGGUGCUCUCAGGCAGCAGCUUUACAAGGAGAUUGAGGUUGCUAGUGUUGAUUCUUUUCAAGGAAGGGAAAAAGAUUACAUAAUUCUUUCUUGUGUUAGAAGUAAUGAACAUCAGGGCAUUGGGUUCCUGAAUGAUCCCAGGAGGCUUAAUGUUGCCUUGACUCGUGCAAGAUAUGGUAUUGUUAUUUUGGGUAACCCUAAAGUUUUGAGCAAGCAGCCUCUGUGGAAUAGUUUAUUGACUCACUACAAGGAACACGAGUGCUUAGUUGAAGGGCCUUUAAAUAAUUUGAAGCAGAGUAUGGUUCAGUUUCAGAAACCCAAGAAGAUUUAUAAUGAGCGAAGGCUUUUUUACGGAGGUGGACCUGGAAUUGCUGCUAAUGAUAAUUUUGGUUCUGCUGGAGCUGGAACAAGUUCAGAUCGUCGGAGUAGUCGAGGAAGGGGAUCUUAUAUACCUCCUGGUCCACCAAAUGGAACUCAAAAGCCUGGAGUGCAUCCUGCUGGAUAUCCUGUGCCAAGAGUUCCCUUGCCUCCCUUCCAUGGUGGUCCACAAUCUCAACCAUAUGCCAUUCCUUCACGUGGGGCCGUUCAUGGACCUGUUGGGGCAGUUCCUCAUGUUCCAUCUCCUGGGAGUCGAGGAUUUGGGGCUGGUAGAGGUAAUUCUGGUGCUCCAAUUGGCAAUCAUCUUCCACACCAACAAGGCACCCAACAGCCGAUUGGGAAUAUUGGAUCUACCUUUAACUUCCCUACUCUAGAGAAUCCUAACAGCCAGCCAUCUGUUGGUGGUCCUUUAUCUCAACCUGGGUUUGCAAACAAUAUGCCAGUUCAAGGGGCUGGCCAGUCAUUUCGAGACCAAUUUUCUAUGCCUGGAAUGUCCCAGGACUUUUUGGGCGAUGACUUCAAAAGCCAGGGAUCUCAUGUUCCUUACAAUGUCACUGAUUUCUCUACUCAGGCUUCUCAAAGUGGAUAUGCUGUUGAUUUUUCCACACAAGGAGCACAAGGUGGAUUCCCUGGGAAUUUUCUUAACCAGAAUUCUCAAGCUGGCUAUUCUCGUUUUGGUUCUGGAAACGACUUUAUGUCCCAGGACUACAUGGGACAUGGUUCUCAAGGUCUUUUUACUCAGGUGGGAUUCAAUGACCCGUUGCAAGAUGAUUCAACUCAAAGCCAUUUCGGUGUGGCUAAUGCCAACCCUCUUCAGUCCCAGAUGAAUUCUCUCUACUCCCAACCUUUUGCUCACUACAACACACAGCCGCUUAACAUUCAGGCUUCGCAACAACAGUCUCAGGCUCAGAAUUCCCAAAAUCAGAAAAUCCACUAUAACGGUUGAGGAACUUUGGGAGCUUAUUGUGGCCUUGAUGGGUUAUAGUCUUUGCAAUCAACAACUGGGUUUGUGCCUGUCUUUUGUACUGAAUUACGUUUGCAAGAGACAUCCGAAGGAUUGCCUUGGGAUAGCUAUACCGAGGGAUUGGUAUAUAUGAUUUGAGUUGAUGGAGUUUUGGGGCCUUACAAAGAUACAAG